CAUUUUGAAAAUACACAUAAUUUAGAAGGAUUUAUUCCUAAAAAAAAUUACGAAACGUAAAAAUGCGAAAUAAAAUAUCAGAAAUAAACGAUAUGGUAAUUGUAAUCUAAAUUAAAUGGAAGAGGUAAGCGUGUUUACAUUUACGUUUCCGUGUGUUUUAGAAAUCGAAGAAAAGUUGUGGUAUGGGAACCCUGCAGUUAGACCAAGUGUGUUUGUGGACUAUAGAUGAUGUUAAAAUUUGGCUAAAAGAAAAUGGUUUUGGACAGUACAUUCAACUUCUCUGUUAUAAUCAUCGUAUUGAUGGUAAAGCUCUGUUGACUUUGUCAGAGAAUGAUUUGAAGUCACCUCCACUGUCAAUAUCUGUGUUAGGAGACAUUAAACGCUUGGCCAUUGCUGUGCAUGAAUUGCAAGCAUUGAAUCCUGUUCUACUGCCUCAGUGUAGGGCAUCCGGAGAUGAUUCUGCUUCUUAUCGAAUUAGUAAUAAUGGAGCAAAGUUACGUCGACGCAGACAUAGAAGAGAAGCUAGUGAUUCUUCAGAUUUAAAUACAUUUGGUAGUGAGUUUAGUGAAGAUGAAGGUGAUCAUUCUGAAAAUUCUCAUAAACAGCAGCCAACAUUGAUGAUAUCUGUGGAGCUUAAACCUGAAGUUUGGAAAACAGCUGUUGGCAUGAUAUAUUUCUUCACUGUAACUUGGAUCACUGCUAUUGUGAUGGUCAUUGUACAUGAUCGUGUGCCUGAUAUGCAGACUUACCCUCCUCUCCCAGAUAUAUUCUUAGACAACAUUCCAUAUAUGCCUUGGGCUUUUAGCAUGUGUGAACUUACAGGAAUUAUUCUUUUCCUAAUAUGGAUGGCUAUUUUAUUUUUUCAUAAGCACAGGUUCAUUCUCCUUCGAAGGAUGUUUUCACUUUUUGGAUCAGUCUUCCUACUUCGUUGCAUUACAAUGAUAAUUACAUCAUUGUCUGUUCCAGGAAAGCAUUUAGAAUGUAAAGCUAGGUCAUAUGGUGAAUGGCGAGAUAAAAUUCGUACAGCUUUUUUGAUUUGGCUUGGAGGUGGAAUGUCAAUUCAAGGUGUUAGAACAUGUGGAGAUUAUAUGUUUAGUGGCCAUACGGUUGCUCUCACAUUACUUAACUUUUUCAUUACAGAAUACACUCCAAGGAGCAUGUAUUAUUUACACACUUUUACAUGGGUGUUGAACAUCUUUGGUAUAUUUUUCAUUUUAGCUGGUCAUGAGCAUUAUUCUAUAGAUAUAUUCAUUGCAUUUUAUAUUUCUACUCGCCUUUUCUUAUACUAUCAUGCACUUGCAAACAAUAGAGCCUUUGUCCGUGACGAUAGGAGGAGAACUAGAAUUUGGUUUCCUCUUUUUUACUUUUUUGAGUCAGGUGUUGAUGGACCUGUGCCAAAUGAGUAUGAGUGGCCCAUGCGCAUUCCAGAAAAAUUGCAACAUAUUAUUUCUCAAUUAUUUGUUUGAUAUGUGAUUUUUAUUGUUUGCAAAUUUUGUUGCAGAUAUUUAUUUCUUAUUGAUGCAUUCAAACCCUUUAUAAUGCAUCAUUUAUUUAAGUAUUAUUUUAUUUGCUGUAAUAUAUUUAACUGCUGAAAAUAAGUAAAUGUUAUGCUUUCACAUUGUUGAAUUAAAGAAUUAUAUUUAUAGUGAAGAUGAGUUAUGAUAAUUUAUUUUGCUGUCAGUCGUAAUAUAUUUUUGAAAACAUUUUAAUUUAUGUAUUCGAUUUCUCUUUAAAAAGAAGCUGAUAUGUGAUACUCUUGUUAUUUUGUGUAAGAAUAUUAUUAUAGUACAUGUUUCAAUUUGUAAAUAUUAAGCCUUAUUGAUUGUAUUUUACUUGAAUUCUGGUAUAAUAAAAUAUUUCUUCCAAAAAUUAAAAUCUGUAGUAACAGAAUUUUCAGUAAUUAUAUGGAUUUAUUCAAAUGUUUGUUUGUUUGUUUUUUUAAUUUACAGAGUUUAUAAAAGAAAAUUGUGUAACUUUAAAACAUUUGAAGUGUUUAAAAAUCCAUGCAUCUUAGCAAAAUAUGUGUUUUAUGUUCUAUUUUGUUAGAGACUUCUUGAAUGUCGAAAAUGACUUUUAUUAAAUUAUUGGAUUUUAGUAUGUUGAAUGUUUUAUAAAUUGUGCAAAUUAAAAAGCGACUUGAACUUUGCAAAUGAUAUAUAUUAUGAAGUAAGAAGUUUCAGUAAAUAGUUAUAUACAUUCCAUUUCUAUAUUUAUAUUUUCUUGCAUAACACUUAAACAUAAAGAUGAUAUUUCACAUGCUUAUUUUAGAGAUAUUUUAACUGAUAUUUAUGUUGUAAAUUUUGAUAUCAAAUGCUUAAGAUGAUGCCUCUUUAAAAUAUAUUUUUUAAUGAUCUGAUAAAAGAAAUCUUUAACAGCUUUCAGUGGUACAUUUCUGGAAUAUAGUAAUUAAAAGUUAGUGUAAUUAGCUUCAUAUUUAAUAUUUUACUUUAAAUAUAAACCUCUCCUUCAAUACAGAUUGCGCCAAUUUUAAAAUGUUGUUUAUGAAACAAUAUUUUGCUAAGCAAUGAAAGGGUUUCUUUUUAAAGCAGAAUUUAAUUUAAUCAUUAUAGUAAUUCUAAAAUAAUGUUAUGUAUGAAUAAUAAAUAAAGAAAAACACUAGAAUGUUGAAAAUAAAGCAAAAUUUUAUAUAUUUAUUUAAGAAAUUAAUUCUGUAUUUUCAUUGUGAAGGAUUUGUGAAAAAAGUUUACUAAGAUAAGUUUCACAUUAGUCAGUUAUUUUAAUUAUGAAGUGUAAUCAGAAUGUUGCAUUUCUGUAGCAUUGUUAGCAUUUAUUGUAAAAUAUUAGCAGCAUAUUAUAUCAGUAUUUUAUAAAUAAUUAUUACAAAUAUUUUACCUCUAAAAUUAUUAUUUUGUUAAAAUUAUAUUUUUAAAUAUUAUUGUGUUGUGAAUUAUAAUUAGUUAUGUAAUUAUGGAGUAGUGUUGUAAAUAUAAAAAGUAAAUUGAAAGAUAUUUUAUAAGCCAAAUUUUAAAGGAAUGUAACAGUAAUUUUUUUAGCAUCUGCAUAUUUUGUGAUAUACUGUUUGAAUUUAAAAAAUAUACUGUGAUGCUGUUAUUACUCAAAAAUGCUAGUUUUCAGAUGCAUGGGCGGGGGAGAUACUUGUUGUUGGAGAUGCUAAAUUGUUUUUAAAAUUUUUUCUGGUUUUGUUUCAGAUUUAUAGUAAAUUUAAUGAAAUUUACUUUAAAAUGAUUACCAUUUUCAUAGCGUAAAUUGGGUAUAAUUUAUAUAUGCUCUCUCUUACAAAAUUACAUUAAGUAUUGAUCUACUUAUAGAAGUGCCAAAUUUAUUCCUUAUUAUGACAAAACCAAGAAUUUUCUUACUAUAGUUAUUGUUUGAAACUUAUUGUAAGUGUAUUUGGUGAAUAGUUAAAAUAAUUUUCAGAGUUAUAACUGUGCAAGAUUUUGUAAUAAUACAAACAGAGAUUACGCAUGUUUUAUGAGCAGCUUAUUAUUAAUAACAAAGAAAAGUAUAUAAGAGCUAUAUCUACAGUAUUGCAUAUAAAUUAGCUUUGUUUAGAUUGUUUUUUUAGAUUAGUAUCCAUGAUAAGAAAAAAUUAAAUAAUCGGCAAAAUUAAUAAUGUAUUCAAGUAAGCAUUUUAAAAAAAUAUUUGCAUCUGCUUUAAUAUUUUUUCUGAACUUCAUCUUAACAGAAAUAUUCAAAAGCUGAAAUGAUAAAUGUUUUUUACAUGUGAAUUCAUUUUUACAGUUUCUGUGAAUUCCUAAUUGUAAAAAAGGCACUGAAAAAUAAUAUUCACAACUGAUCCUAUCAUUUGCUCCUCAAUAUGAUAUUUUAUCAUUAUUAUCAUUGUGAAGCUUACUUUUUAAAUGAUGUUACUUGAUUUUGAAAAAUUAUAUAUAUAUAUAUAUAUGAGGUGUUUUUUUUUUUUUUUUUUUUUUUUUUGUGUGUGUGUGUGAUACCUUUCUGUCAUUGUUUCAUUCAUGCUCUUUUGAAAUAUUAGACUAUUUUGAAAUUGAAAAUAUAAUCUAAAGCUCUCACAAGCCUAACUGCACAAUUUUGCACACAAAAGCAAUUAAUCAUAGCUCAGUGUUCCAUGUUUAACUUGAAGUUUUAUAAAUAUUUUCCUUAAAAAUUGUGAACUUGUGUUUCAGUUUUUAAAUAGAUGGUAUAACAAAGUUAUGAAUUGCAAAACUGAUUGAUGCCAAAACUGUAAAGUAUUAUAUGUAAAAAUAUUUUACAGUUUUGGAAUUAUAAAUUUGUUUACUAUGUAUUGUCAUUUGCAGAAUAAAUAUGAAAGUUACAUUCCAGUUUAUUGAAUUUUAUAGGAGCACUAAAAUCUGCUAUUUAAAAAGUGUGCAAUAUUAUUAGUGUAUUUUGUAAUUUUAUGUUUAUUUCAAAAUGGAAGAUUUUGUGCAAUAAUUAUUAUAAAAUGUAUUGAUUUAUUGUUAUUUCUAUACCAUUAUGAUUUCAGAAAGUAAGCAGCUAACUUUAUAAACUCAAUUUAAUGUAUUCCGAAUGUGUAUAUUUUACGUGAGAUUAAUGUUUUAUUGUUACCCCUUGUAAUAUAAAGUAAUGAGUAUAAUUUAUUUAAAGCACCAUUAAUUGCUCAAUUUCAUUAAAUUAUAUCUUCUAAAUGCUAAGUCCUUGAUUUCCCCCCCCCCAUUUCUAUCAAAGCAGAGCUGUGUUUAUCUGACUUUUUAUAACUAUUUUUGAAUGAAUAAAAUUUUCAUAGCAGUAAUUUUAUAAAAA